AGGGCUGCUUCCAUUGUUAUUGUCUAAAGAUAGAACAUAUGAAGAUUCCUUUCUCUUUAUAUACAUACUUCAUCAACAACAACUAGUGCAGCAGCAUCCAUGGCCAUUGCUACUUCUUCCUUCCUCUGUUUCCUCCUGUCAUGUUCUCUUCUCUUGGCCCAUGGAGGAGAGAUAGCAGAUAGCCAUCAUCAUGUAAUUGUGACCAAUUCUCUCAUUCCUGCAAAAACUUGCACUCAAUCCCCCAAAGUUUCAGGUUCCAAUCAGCUGAGGAAGUUACAAGUGGUUCACAUAAAUGGGCCUUGUUCACCAUUAGGCCAGGGGAAGAAAACAAAUCUUAAUCUUGGCCAAAUCCUCCUCCAAGAUGAACUCCGAGUCCGCUCCAUCCACUCCAGAAUCUCCAACUCCAAACAGUCCCCCUUAGCAGAUUCUAAGGCUAAAAUCCCAGCCAAGUCUGGCCGCUCCCUUGGAACCGGAAACUUCGUCGUCAAUGUCGGGCUCGGCACACCAAAGCGAGAUCUCACGCUCAUCUUCGACACCGGCAGCGACCUCACUUGGAUUCAAUGCAAGCCAUGUGCCGUCAACUGCUACCAGCAAAACGAGCCAACCUUCGACCCUUCCCAGUCAUCCACCUACUCCAACAUCUCCUGUGGCUCGGCGGAGUGCACCCAAGUCGGGUUGGCCACCGGCAACUCCCCGAGAUGCAGCUCUACUUGCAUCUAUGGUGUCCUAUACGGAGACAACUCCUACUCCGUUGGAUUCUACGGUCGAGAAACACUAACCUUGAGCGCUUCUGAUGUGUUCCCCAACUUUGAAUUCGGCUGUGGCCAAAACAAUCGUGGGCUCUUCGGCAGUGCUGCCGGGUUGCUCGGCCUUGGACGGAACCAGAUUUCUCUGGUGUCUCAGACUGCUACAAAGUUCGGGAAAAAGUUCUCUUACUGUCUCCCGUCGACAAGCAGCGGAACUGGGUUCUUGGCAUUUGGGAACCAAGUGGGCACCUCCUCUUCCAGCGUGAAGUAUACAUCUCUAUUGACAGAUUCUCGGGGCAACUCCUUCUAUUUCGUCCCACUGUUGGGCAUAAGCGUUAAGGGACAGAGAUUGGCAAUCCCACCAACGGCUUUCACUUCCUCCGGAACCAUCAUAGAUUCCGGCACCGUCAUCACUCGCCUGCCUCCGGCGGCCUAUGCGGCACUCCGGUCAGCGUUCCGGCAAGCAAUGUCCAAGUACCCAUCUACUUCAUCGCUUUCAAUCUUGGACACAUGCUAUGACUUGAGCGGAUACAACACGGUGACGAUACCUACGAUCACGUUGCAUUUUGGAGGCGGCACUGGCCUCGCCGUGGACUCGUCCGGGAUUCUUGUUGUGGCAAGCUUGUCUCAGGUUUGCUUGGCCUUUGCUGGAAAUAGCGAUCCCAGCGAUGUGGCCAUCCUUGGGAAUAAGCAACAACAGACGUUCGAGGUGGUUUAUGAUGUAACAGGAGGAAAGUUAGGAUUUGGCGCUGGAGGAUGCAGCUAAUAAGUGAAGCUGAAGAUUUGAUUAAUUAAUCAAGUGAAAAUAAUAUGAAAGAAGUGGCAUGGAAGAGGAAGUAGAAUAAAUGCAAAGAAAGAAAACAGAAGAAAAGAAAAAAAAGAAGAAAGGAAGAAAAAGAAAUGGGGAGAUGGGUAAAGAAUCUGGGGGAGAAAAUAAAAGCCUAAUAACCAGUUUGUAAUCCAUGAAUUACAGGGAGAUAUCAAAUCUCUUGCCAGAAGAAAAAGAAAGUGGGCAAAUCCACAGAGGCCAUGUUCGGCCACAUAAACACUGAAACUGUAAUGGAUUUGAAAAUUGGAAAGGAAAGUAAGAAAUUAAGUAGGUAUGUAGUGGUGCUUUGUUUCA